AUGAUCGAUCCGUGUAACCUUCAACUAAGACGCUUGGUUUAUCAAGACAGUGAUGGGAAAAGAAGCACUUAUAUCGGCCAAGUCGAUAUUGCAAAAGGUGAAAAAAAUGGUAUCGGUAAACAAGAAAUGGCUAAUCGUUAUAUUUAUAUUGGUCAUUGGCUAAAUGGUUUAUUUCAUGGCCAUGGUAAAUUAUAUUCUCCAGAAUUAGAAAUUUGUUAUACUGGAGAGUUUGAACAAGGUCGAAUGCACGGCUAUGGCGUUUUAGUACGCUAUUCUAAGCCUAAUGAUGCUCUACAGAAAGAGUCUAAAAGAGUUAUUGACAAAUUUGCUGGUAAAUUUACACAGGGUAAGCCAGGUAGAACUGGUCGAAGAACUAUUUAUCAUAGUAAAUAUAAUAUUGAAAGCCAUGAAGGAACUUUUGUGAACAAUCAACUUCUCUAUCAGUGUAAGCCGGAACGUGUAGAAUUAGCUAUUGAACGAGCUGAAGAAAAUCAGCGUAUUGCUGAAGCCGUGCUAUCGUAUUACGAAACUAAAGAGUUAUUCUCUAGAUUUAGCGUUUAUAAAAUGCAGAAUUGUGGGAAAUUGUGGACAUUUUCUGUCGUUUACUUUGACUUCCGAUACAUUGAUAAAGCAUUACAAAAUGAUGAGUAA